UUGGUCGGCGGGGCGCUGGCCGCCCCCCGUGCGCCCCGCGCCUUCCGAACGCCGCCCCGAGCACGAGCACGCCAGUCGUUCGGCCGAGCCCCGCGUGCGCCGCGAAAAACUCAGCCGCCCGGUAGCAGGGUCACCCGCGCUCGGCUGCGCGCGGCUCCGGUUUCCCGCAAUUGUGGCUUCUUGAAACCGAAUCUGCUGUUUAGGCAUCGUUCUCAUAGUGGUUGCACGCGCAAAAAGUGGUGGCCGCCGCCGGUUGCGGGGAGUGCGCCCGCUCGCGCCGGUGCCGCCCGCCGCAGUGGCUCGUCAUGCUCGGUAUCGGAGGUGGGUGACGCUCCGGGAGUUCAGAGUGAGGUGUGAGUUGAGUUUGACCUGCGGGCUGCGAGUGACCGUUUGGGACCGCAUCCCGACUCGAUCGAGACAGUGCUGUCGAUUCGCGCCGUUCUGUGUGUGUCUGGGUGACUUCGGUGCUCCCCGGUGACCUGCUGUGACCUCGAGUCGAGUCUAUCGGUGACCCGCGGUGACCUGACCGUGAUGACGUCGAUGGUUACCCACGCCAUGACCCCGAUGGCCCGGUUCGAGGAGCCGCCGCAGGAUCCGGCCGCCAUGGACCACCAGCUGAAGAAGUCCCCGGGAGUGGAUAGCAACGAGAACAAUAUCGACACACACCGCUCGCCAGAGGAGAUCCUGGGCCUGGCGGCGACGAGUCCGUUCCGGACGAGCGGAGCGGGCACACCGACCACGGGCGCGGAGCUGGCGGGCGACACGGCGCCGCCGUCCCACCCGUACCCCGCGGCGCCGAUCGGCUACCCCGGCCCGGCCGACUUUGCGCUGCCGACAAAGCACGAGCCGUCCGUUUCUCCAGACGGCUCCUACUCCCGCUCCUACCCGGACGCCCUGCUGGACCACUCGGGUGGAGGAGCGGGCUCACAGAACGAGCUGCUGUUCAGCUACGGCGGCGAGCAGGGAGCGCCCUCCGGUACCGGCGCCGGCACCGCCGCCGACUCCUUCACUCACGAGUACCUGAAGAGCCUAUCAAUGCAGGCGUAUGGCGCGCAGGCGUCGCCUGCGGCCUGCCUGCAGGCGCCGUCCAUGUACAACAUGUACGGAGCCACGCACAGUCAGCGCGGUCAGCAGCGGUCAGCCGGUCUGAGUCAGAACUACUGGGCGCCGUACGGCGGCGGUCUGAGCUCCUCAGCGGGCACCGUCAGCCAGGUCACCCAGAGCCCGUACAUGGCGGCGUAUAACUACGGCGGCGGGGGCACCGGCCUGUCCGCCAACCCUCUCAACCAGACUCCCUACACCACCGGCUCACAACAGGCGGCUCCGGAGUACGGCAGUUACGGCGCCUACUCGCCCCAGGCGGCCCUGUACUACAACGCCGCGGCCGGGUUCAGUCCGUACAUGUCCCCGGUGUCCGCGGCAGCCGGCAGUCACAGUCACAGUCUGUCCAGCAGCUGCACACCCAACUCGGCGCAGACCUACCACCUGUCACCGCUGCCGCCCGUCUCCACACCGGACGGUUCGGAGUUCUCAGAGUCUGGCACAUUCCUCUACCACUCCCCAACGCUGGGCACCGGCCGGCGGAGACGAAACAGCAAUGGAAACGGCACGUCCAGCCGUCGGCGGAGACGAGGCGAGCCGUCACCGGACGACGAUUUAGCGCAGAAGAUAGACCGCAUCUUCAUUUGGGACCUGGACGAAACCAUCAUCGUGUUCCACUCGCUGCUGACCGGACAGUACGCCCGGGAAAACGGAAAGGACCAGGCGGUAUGCUCGCAGAUCGGCAGUCAUUUAGAGACGCUGGUCUUCACCACAGGAGAGGAGCUCUUCUUCCUCAAGGAGCUCGAUGUAGAUAGUCAGUACCCUACCCAUGUGACGAACAUAGACGACUUGCACACAGAGGACAACAACCAGGACCUCAGUAACUACAACUUCCUUGCGGACGGUCUGGCCAGCACCCUGGGCGUGCCGGCGGCGCCGCUCGGAUACAGCUUGGCGAGGAACAACGUGAGCGCCGACAUAGCGCGCAAGAUCGCCUUCCGACACCGCAGGGUCAAGGAGCUCUACAACAUGUACAGGAACAACGUGGCAGAGUUGUUUCGGGCACAUCUGCACGGUCGCCACCCGUCCUUCGAGCACACCUGGACCAAGACUCGACAGGAGCUGGAGAUCGAGACCAACGGCUGGCUCACGCAGGCCUGCUCGUGUCUCAAACUCAUCCAGGAAAGGAAGCAGUGCACCAACGUGAUGGUGACGAGGAACAUGCUGAUGACGACGUUCGCCAAGACGGUCAUCUUCGGGCUGGCCGACUGCUUCGAGCCCGAAAACAUCUUCUCCGCCUACAAAGUCGGGUUCGAGAGCUGUCUGAACACCAUCAGACAAAAGUACGCCGAGAAGCACGGACGGGAGGUGAUCUGUGUGAUCGUGGGCAAACCGGACAAACCAGACAGUCCGAGCAUCAUCACCGCCGCCAGACAGUUCGGCAUGCCCUACUUCCCGAUCAACUCGGACAAGGAUCUCCUGGCGCUGAAGUUUUUCCUUCAGUGCGGCUACAUGUAGUGCGCUGCCUGCUGCCAUAUCGGUAUCCAUGACAGUGCGGCAUAUCGUCUGGAGCUGUCAUUGCUGUCAGGAAGCUGCCAGGUGGUCGUCGGCUGAUAUGAGAUCACUCACCACCACUCAACUCGGCCCGAACAGACCCACACCGACAGCAGCCGUCCACCGUUCCCAGGCGUCUCUCCACCCUUCCACCACACUCCAUGGACAGGCCGUGCCACCACCCCCGGGUCACCGGCCGGCCCUCCGUGCCGCCGGGACGCCGGCCGGGGUCGCCGGGUCAACUCCUCGGCAGCGCGCGCGCCGCCGCCGGGCGCUGACCUUGAACCGCUGGUGUGAACGCCGUCACAUCGCGAGGUAUGAGUGAUGGGUGGAGCUCCCGCCGCCCCGGGCACCAGACGCGAUGGUUCGCCGUGGUCUGCCGUGGUCUCGUGGUGGUCUGCGGUGGUCUGAGAUGGCCCAGGGUGGUCCUAGUAUGGUCUGAGACCAUCCGGUCUGUCCGGGAUUUGUUAGGUGUUUGAUUGCCGACAUGAAGAACCCAGAGUCCUUUAAGAUCGCUGUACGCGGCUGGUACACGGCUGUCCUUCCCGGUAGCUGCCCGUGACAUCAAAUGGAGCCGUGACGUCGGCCUAAGACGUGACUUUAAGUGACGGACGUUGAUGUCGGCGCGUCACAGGUCACCGGGCGGCCGGAACUGUGACAGAACAAACUGAUGUUGGCGGGGAGCGGUGGCCGCCGGCCCGAGAACCUAGCGUCUGCCGCGGCCGUACUGUAUUUAAGUUAUUAAUGAAGACCGUUCGGUUAUAAUUGUGAUACCGUUUGUUGGCUGGCUCGUGUGACGCGCCGCGCGCCGCGUGUCGCGGACAGUGUCUGCUGUCUGUGUCUGCUGUCUGCUGUCUGUCUGGCCAGUGUUGUCUGAGGGCCGCCCGCCGCCCGUCUCUGCUCCCUGAGAUUGUCGGCCGGGCUCGCGGCGCCGGAGCUCCGUGAAAUACCUGGCUCUCUUCAUGAAUUCGUUUUUGUUGUACGCCUGUGCUCUGCCCAGGUGAAAUGCUUCAUGUGAAUGCGGAAAGUAUCGAUCGAUCCAGCUUGCUUUAUUGCGACGUGCCAAUGUUAAGGCGCAUUUGUGAGCUCUUCUAUGGCACACACCAGUGUGAAAUCUACAACUGUCCUCCCUGGAUGCUUCGUAAAGCUCAAAGUACACAUAGCUCUGUAUUAUUCUGUAGCUACCAUUGCUCCGUUUGUAUAUUGUGUUUGGCUCAUCAGGGUUUUAACAAAGAAUUUUAUCUUUUUAUAAGCUGGAUGACGCGUCCAUCCCAGAUAUAUUACGGUAAUAUUGUCCCAUGCUGUAUUAUACCCCACUGUGUGUAUAUGCCAAAAUGAACGUGACGCUAAGCUA